AUGCUGACCUCUGAUUCCGAAGCCCGGCACCGUAAACAGCGAUCACCAAAACGCGGGAAGAAGCGCCGCCUCACGGUGGAGAACGACCACUCUGAUCUAGCAGGCACUUCUGAGACGUUUACGGGUACAGAGCAGACGACCAUGGAUACAGAAGAACUGCCUAGCGUGGAUGCAACGGUGGCCAGCGGGACGGCGGCACGACGUACCGCUGACUAUCCUCCAGACACAGCGAAGGAGUUCGAUCGACGGCAAAAGGCUACUGAGGAGGCUACGGCGCCUGCACCGCACGACAACGAUGGGACACUAGCGGACUGGUCAGAAGACCCACCCCGUGGAGAACAGAAGAUACCGGAGGAACUGCUUCCACGCACUCUCCCGGUUAUCACAGAUGCAGCCCACCAUUCCCCUGAAGACGAGUGCGAGAGAUCAGACGCAACACAAAAGGCGCCGCCCGCCCCCGCCCCCACCGCCGCCCCCGCGACCUGUGUACCGUGCACCGCCUCCACAGCUGCUAUAAACCGGGGCGGUCUCCUGAGGAGGCAAGGAGAAGGAGGAGGCAAGGAGAAGGAGGAGGCAAGGAGAAGGAGGAGGCAAGGAGAAGGAGGAGGCAAGGAGAAGGAGGAGGCAAGGAGAAGGAGGAGGCAAGGAGAAGGAGGAGGCAAGGAGAAGGAGGAGGCAAGGAGAAGGAGGAGGCAAGGAGAAGAAGACGGCAAGGAGAAGAAGACGGCAAGGAGAAGAAGACGGCAAGGAGAAGAAGACGGCAAGGAGAAGAAGACGGCAAGGAGAAGAAGACGGCAAGGAGAAGAAGACGGCAAGGAGAAGAAGACGGCAAGGAGAAGAAGACGGCAAGGAGAAGAAGACGGCAAGGAGAUGAAGACGGCAAGGAGAAGAAGACGGCAAGGAGAUGAAGACGGCAAGGAGAUGAAGACGGCAAGGAGAUGA